CCCGACAGCCCUUUCUAACCCGCGACUUCUUUCUUACAUAUAUCUAUCAUACUUAACUUCACGAUGAGUGCCCCCGUUGCAAUUCUCGGAGCAGGGACGCAGGGUCGGCGUCUUGCGUACAUGUGGUCUUCUCGUGGCCGUCCUGUCCAUUUGGUUGAUGAGAAUCUAUCCCAGCUGCAGGAUGCUCAAAAGGCCGUCGAGCAAUUCAGAAAAACCGACUCCAAAAGCGAGUACUUAUCCGGGGAGCUUAAAACCUUUACCUCAGAAGACCUUCGAGCCGCCCUGCAGGAAGCAUGGCUCGUUGUCGAGUGUGUGCCUGAGCUGCUGCCCUUGAAACGAGCUGUCAUUGAAAAUAUAGAUGCCUUGACAGGGCCCAUGACGAUCAUUGCAUCCAACUCGAGUAGCUUUACGAUCACUGAGAUCGUAGCGGGACUCGAGCUUCGGUACCCCGAUCGGUUUGUGAGCUUGCACUCAUAUUGGCCUCCAGAAACUCCAGCAAUUGAAAUAAUGGCCUCUCCAAAGACAAAACCGCUUAUCAUCCAGCGGCUGAUAAGCGAGUGCAAAGACCACGGUUUCUCGCCGUAUCAUGUCAAGAAGAACUCUACUGGUUAUAUCUACAACAGGAUAUGGGCGGCAAUCAAGCGCGAAGCCCUUUCAGUAGCGGCAGAAGGGGUAGCUACUCCUGAGGAAAUCGACGCGAUAUAUAAAGAUGUUCUCAAAACGCCCAAGGGCCCUUUUGAGCAGAUGGACGUAGUGGGUUUGGAUGUUGUAUUGGAUAUUGAGGAACAUUAUGCCCAAGAGCGGACCGGCCUACCCGAAACACCGAGAGAACUGCUUCGAAAGAUGGUUGCCGAAGGAAAAUUAGGUGUGAAAAGCCGCCAGGGCUUUUAUACGUAUGACAGUGAAGGGCGGAUUGAGAAAUGAGAAGGCUAUUACCAGCAACUGUGUUUCGGUGACUAAAGGGAAGGAUGCGUUUUGCAUCUAUAUGUUACGGAAUUGGAGAAACAAUGGUCUUACACAAAGCGAGACGAUAGCUUCGGCGCUCUCUUGAAAGCUGCAAUGUCUUCUCGAGCCCCAUCAAAGGCCAGCACCUUUAGUGGAGUCCUUCACAGAUUCUUAUACAAAUCCAUAUCAAUAUAUUUCAAUUC